UCGAAGUCGACUGAUUCCUAACGAGUUAUUUCGAUCAAGUUUUCGUCUGAGUCGGUGGCCGAUUUGGAAUUUCAGUUCAUUUAUGUGAAACCUUUCGAUUUCGAUAGAUAGCAGAGAAAGGGGACUGCUAGUCCUGCUGACAUGUUAAGAUCUGCUUUUUUCGUGACAUUGUGCAUAUCAUUUUUCACAGGACGCGUUUGUCUCUACAGGUAUUUAAUGAAACGAAGCACUAUUGCGUAAGAUUCAAUGGAAAACGAAUCGCUGUGUUACGGGAGACCCAGUGAUGAGACCUCUGUGCAAUUUGGUGACAUUCACGAAUACCUGCUGCCACUUCCAGCUGAAACUUCAUGGCUGGAAGAUGACAGUUUUAGAGAAAAUCUAUCAAGCUGGUUACAACUCGAUCAGUUAACAGCAGACAAUAACCGGGAUUGCGUAUGUGAAGAGAGAGACUCAUUUCCAGAAAACGUUUUACAAGAUGCCAAUGGACGUGAAGUAGAGGCUGCAGACAUGCACCCAGGGUCAGUGGAGAUGACUUCACAGCCUAAUUCACUGGUUAAAGGACACGAUUUCUAUCUGUGCUCAGGACCCUCUACCAGCUUUACGCCUCUAAAAAACAAUUUUCAAUUUGAAGAAGCUUCCGGCCUAAGAAACCAGUCUCAUUCUGUAAAUAGUACCUGUGAUGGAUCUAGAGAUACCAGUUAUCAGCCAAAUCCUGGAAUGAUAUGCCACAAGGUGAAUACUCAAAACAUUUCAAGUAAAGGAAAUAACAGCAAAACGUGUACUACUCACAGAUAUUUUUUGCUAAAAACACCAGAGGGAAAUUUUAUUUUGAAAGGUAGUCUAAUGAAGAACAACUCAAGUUCGAAGAACCACAUUAUAAGAGAUCCACAUCAUUCAGUUUUGGGAUCCAAUACUCCUCUUCCAUUAGACUAUACAGUAGCCUCUAAUGGUACUCAGAAGUCUGCAACUGCUCUGGACAGUUUGAUGACCUGUAUCAACUGUCCACAAAUAGAAAAAAGUUUGUCAAAAUGUGAUAAACUUGACUGUAAAUAUGCCGAAUUUACUUCAGUGAAAUCCCAACCAAACACAAAAUUUGAUGAAAGCAUUAAACCCAUUACAUUGGAUUCCUCUCUAUCUACAAAGUUUGUAGACAUUGCACUUGGAAAUGAACGUCAGCAAAAUGCUACAAAAUGUUACAAACUACAAUCAACUCGUACCUUAAAGUGUCCUCUUUUUAAAUUUAAACUUUGUGGUAACAUAGUUGAUCAAGGGAGAUCAGAACAAGUUGCAGCUGGUGCAUCUACAUCGUUUAAUGAAGCUACCUACAACUCUUCAGAAGAAGAUCCAGAGUUCGAAAGCCCAACCACUGAAAGACGAUCAUUAUCCAGUGCAGGGAUAUCUUACAAUACCCGACAGAAUUCUCGACUCCUUCGCAAUUCUGUUGCUGUUUCUGAUCCAGCAGUUGCACCGUCUCAUGAUGGACCAGAUGGCUUUGUUGGAGACAGAAAAACCUUGAAAUCAGAUGCUGCUACUUCCCUGAAGAAUAAGUCUGAUAGCAAUCAUCACGAAGAACAGUUUAAGGUUUAUUCAAGGUCACAUUAUUUACGAAGAAGGGAUUAUAGACUACAGCUAGAGGCUGAACUAGAAGAGCUUGAGAAAAAAAAUAGAAGUUUGCAAGUAAUUCAUCAGAACUUUCUGUCAAUGAGACAUAAAUGUUAUCAACUAUUUCAAGAGUGUAAGUUACAAUGUGAUCAUCCGAAAAUAAGUACUAACCACCAUUGGAAAUAGUCCACAAAUUCAUGAUUUACAUUUAGACAUUAAAAUUUUGAAUAGCUACUAACCAGUCCAAACUGGAUUGUCAACUUGAUUUAAACUUGAGAUGAAAUUACAUUGGGUUAAGUGUUAAUAAAUAAUGCCUAUAGAAAAGUUUGAAAGCUUGCGUUUCAUUUCUUUAUGCCAACCAAACAUGUUGUUGAUGUGUUCCAGGUAAAUUCAAUCCCCUCCCCAUCAUUAAAACAACAAUGACAUCAGAAACAUCCAGACAUGAAUGAUGUGUAGACUGGCGAAUUUGGAAUGUCAAUUCCACAUGCUGUCACCCCUCGUGCUAUCUCCAUAAGUGAUAAACUAACCAAGUUCAGCCAACGAGGUUGUGGGAAAAAGCGCACACUUUUCCAAAAUAUAGCCAAUAUAUUUUUUAAGACAACUUAUCUUACUUUUGCAAUGAGCACAAUCCUUGAUCAUUUGUAACAAUAGCCACUUCGUUGUCUUUUUACAUGGCAUUGCAAAUUCUUGAGUAGAAAAGGAUUAUACAAAAUAUUUAGUAAUGAUUUCUGUAUAAUUCUUUGUAAAAUUUAAGAGACUAAUGAGCGUUAUUUCACUUCGGUAAUGGGUAAUCUGUAGUUGCAUGUAGAAUUUGACCCCAUUUCUCAAACAAAUCUUUAUUCGAAGCUUGUCAAAAUAUUUUAAUAAAGUAUGGGAUUAACAGUGCCUGAGAUAGUUCUUGAAAUGACUGUAAAGAAAGUUACUGUAAACAGAGUUAGCGUACAAACUCUGCUGCUCUCAUUUUUGUUAUUUUCAGUAUGACUGUCAUGAAGGUUUGCGAGGUUUAUCAGAAGA